AUGGAAGGAAAACAAUCAGAACCUUUCAGAUUAUUUGGGUUCGAUAUUGUCCCAUCAAGCUCAGCCGAAAGCUGUACCACAGCCACAUAUUCGGCAGCACAUAAUAAUGCCGAUGCUAAUGCGAGUACUAGAAUGGAAGGAAAACAAUCACAAACUUUAAAAUUAUUCGGGGCGGACAUUAUUGUUGCACUAAGUUCAACCGAAAGCUCUAGCACAUAUCCGGCUGGAGUAGUACAUGAUAUAGCUAGUACUAGCACACAUACUGAUAGAGCUAAUAGGCAGCAUAAGAGAAAGUGUUCUUCCGAAAUCCACCAAAACAAUAAUAAUAUGUCUGUCGAAAGCCAACCAAGGAAAGAAAGAAGGCGAAAACCGAGUAAAGAACAUAUUAGUUUGGCGAAUUUGAAACCUCCAAAUCUUGAUAGGGAGCUUCUUGAAGAAGUACGUAAUCUAGGUGGUGGUGAUGAUCCGCCAAAACUCGUGAUUCAAAAAUAUGUAUUUUACUCGGAUGUCGCUAUAGAUCAGGCACGAUUUCAGAUUCCUAGGAAAAAGAUAGAAGGUAAAGGCAUUCUCACCGCGGAGGAAGAAGAUCAAGUUUUUAGAGACCAUUUGUGUGGAAAAAUGGACGUGACUGUUUUACUACAAACAAAAGAGAUUUUCGGCAACAUGCGUUUCAAAAGGUGGCCUCUUCCUCAGCCAUCGGAAACGAAGGUUAAAUGGAAUUGUGUGCUGCAAAAGGGUUGGAAUGAGGUGGCCAAGAAAAUUGGCCUCAAAGAAGGAAAUUAUCUUCAAGUGUGGGCUUUUAGACAUGGUGCUUGUUGUGUUGCUACCCUGUUGCAUGAGAUGAAAUGUCGUGGUAAAGAUAGCAAUGGUAUGGGAGCUGCAGUUGUUAUUGUGAGGGGGAUGAUGCAGAUGACCUAUGCAAUGCUCGUAUCGUUGGGUCCCAUGGUUUCCUCACCAAAGACGCUUAGUGAUGUUUUGGAACAGCAAGCAACCGGUGUUUGA